CACGAAGUGACAGCCUACUCCUGAUAGGGAUGGAUAUAUGCCUACUGGUAGUUUGAAUACUUUCUGUUGGUUUCACAAAAAUGUCAUUUGACUGAUGAAAAACCUUUGUAUAAACCACACCAACCUGAUGUCAUUAUGUGAUUGUAAUGCAGUGCCUUUGUGACAUUUAUCAGACUUGUGUCAUCUAACCGUGGUAGUGAAACAGGAACGCGACAUUAUACAGAUGUGACAUUAUCUUUCUGGACGUAUCUAGGAAAAGCGGAUGGAGGAUUGGUAGCCAGCUGAUAAAAUGAUAAAUAGGUUACGAUCAGGAAACAAACCAAAGUCACAUGACCAAAUGCCGACAUGUGGGAAGGUGCCCCCAACCAAGGAGGACAUUCUCAGUACGAUGGACCAGUUUGGUGACAUGGAGACAGACGACAGCAGCCCCGAGGUAAUUAACGGAGACAACAACAACGUCAAACGUCUCGCCGGUAAGGACACCGACACAGGGUCAUGGGACUUUGCCGACAUAGAACCCUUGGGAGUCAGCAGUCUGUCCAAUGCAUACGGAGUGGAGUGGGAUAAACUGUUCACCAAACCUAACUACCGUCGUCUGUUACGAGGGCUGGCUAUGACAGGAAACCUGAGGAGUAGCCGAUUCAGAAGUAUUUGUUGGAAGGUAUUUUUAGAAGUGAUACCUGAAGACAUGAGCAGGUGGGUCCCGAAAAUGAGAGAGUGGAGGUCCAAGUACGACGACCUCAAGAAAAAGUUGAUUAUAAACCCUCGGAAGGCUGUGGAUCACCCAGUGUCCGACUUACAUGUAAACAACCCUCUAUCUCAGGCUGAUGAGAGUCCUUGGAACCAGUUUUUCUUGGACAAUGAGCUGAGAUUGACCAUUAAACAGGAUGUGAUUCGCACCUUUCCAGAGAUUCAGUUUUUUCAAAACCCUGAGCUCCGUGAACAGAUGAUAGACUUGCUGUUUUGUUACAGCCGUUCCCAUACGGCUAUUCUGUACAAACAGGGAAUGCACGAGUUGUUAGCUCCCCUGAUUUUCGUCCUCCAUUGUGACCACCAGGCUUUCCUACAUGCAAAUGAGGUGGAGUCACUAGGGGAGAUUGUCCGAGAGUUGAUGGAUCCCACGUACCUGGAGCACGAUGCAUAUGCAAUGCUGUGUCAGAUCAUGGAGACUGUGGAACCCUGGUACAACUCUAAGGACAUCAUGACCCCUAAGAUGACAAAAGAUAAGGUCACUGUGGCCUUGUUUUCACGGCCACAGGAUACUAACUCAUCCAUUGCCAUCGUGUCCAAGCUGACCCGCGUCCAUGACUACAUCCUAAAGAAGUUUGACCCAGAGCUUCAUCUUCACCUUGAGAGGCUGGAUAUUGCACCACAGAUUUAUGGGAUACGGUGGGUUCGUCUCCUGUUCGGACGAGAGUUCCCCAUGCAGGACCUCCUAGUCCUAUGGGACGCUUUAUUUGCGGAUGGGAUUGGCUUUGAUCUGGUUGAUUAUGUCUUUGCUUCGAUGUUGUUAUACAUCAGAGAUUUGUUGUUGGCGAGCGAUUACCCACAAUGCCUCAACUGCUUGAUGCGUUACCCUCCUGUAGCCGAUGUCCAUUAUCUUAUAGAGAAAGCACGCUACCUUCGUGAGCCAAAUAAUUAUCCACGCCCACCAAAUUACACUGUCCAGACAGUGAAUCAACUGGUCACGAACAAGUCACAGAAACCUGUGUCUCGUAGUGCCAAUGAGCAGCCUGCUACUAACAAAGGACGAAGCACAGGGACAUUGAGCACAAGUUUUUCAUCGUUCACACGUAAAAUGGGCUCACGGCCUAAGACCCUGAGUAUGGGUCAGAGCCAGAAAAUUUACAAGUCCUCCAGUGUUCCCAUGAACCUCGAAACCGACAUCUCUCCAGAGAAAUGGAAUACUGUGCCAAAAUCUAUAUUAUCAGCAACAGCGAGCCCCCAGUACCCACAAAAGAAACGAGGAUCGUCGGCAAGUCUAUCACAAGUGGAAGACUCGGUGUUUCGUUCCACCCCAUCACCGGCCAGCCUUGCUCGGAUGGACACGCGUAAUCGGUCUAUGGACAAUAGUCCCAUGGCCUACACGCCUGAUGAUGCCGACUCUGCCAACGGCAGUGUGUCACAGUUUGCCACCCUGCCGCGGGCACGCAAGAAAGGCAAGAAGGCGGCCAAAGAGGAACAGGAUUAUGAAUACCAGAUCGGGGAACUUCAGAGCCAGCUCUCCAAGAAAGACACCAUGUGUAACUACUGUGCAAGUAAACUAGAUGUCCAUAUAGCCCGACUCCAGCAUGAGCUACUUCAGCAGGAUAUACAGGGAGAAGACGAAAUCCUCCUAGCCAUCGCAGGUAUCAAACAGGUACGCGACGUUCUGAAAGGAACGUUAAAGUUCUCGCAGACCCUGAUCGAGGAGGACAACAUCCAGAUCACGGAAAAUCAUUACAUGGAGGAACCACCAUCAACCUCACCAGAGUCAGACUUGGAAAAAAAGUUAUUGUCUGAAGACAAACACCAGGGAACGAAAAGGGGUAGUAAAGGGAAAAUGUUUUACAUGAGCAGUGAGGAAAAUUCGGAAGCUGCAGAUUCACCAACAGAUGGCGCUGUGAACAGAUUCAUCAAUAAGGAUGUGGAACUAUGUGACUAUAGAAUUAAUCGAGGAAAAUCGAACACUUUUACGGAAGGAAAUCGAACAAAUUGUGUUGAAAAUAGAAGUAGCAGGUCGGCGAGUAUGCCGAUUCGUAGCCCAAAUCCUCUGUACAGAGGGGAGUCCUCUGAGGAUGAUUUCGUAUCCUGAUCCGGUUGUUGUAGGAGCUUUAAAAUUAGAAAAUAUGUAGAAAAUUACGCCAAUAAGUAUAUAUUGACAUAUAUAUAGGAGUUUGACUGAAAUAAUUUGAUGUAGAUUUCAUAAAAAAAUAUGUACAGUUUAUUUAUUUAUUUCAUGUGUAUACAUGUACAUUUGUUAUAUACAAUGUAUAUAAAAGUAAUAUAAGCUUAGUAUAGUUAAUAGUAAACUAUCAAUACCAGAGACUGGUAUCCACAAGUCAUUCCUGUUCAAAUUCCUAGUGUUGUAAUAGCUAUAUACAGAUAAAGUUGAAUUCAAAUAAACGUUUAGCUGUUGUAGUAGGAUUUCAUACCCAAUACUGCCAUUCCAAGUACCACAAGUAAAAAAUUUAACUGGUAAAGAUUCAGGGCAAUAUCUAAAUAUUGAUAUUUCCUCUGGCGAAAAAACACACAGUUGUCUUGUACAAAUACUGCCUUUUGCAUCAGAUACCAAAUUGUUCAAUACUGUAUGUAAAUUUGAACAAGAAUGUUCAGUAAAAUAUUGUGUAUGUGGUUCUGAAAUUGAAAGAUUAUACUCAUUAUUGUCUUAUCUUAUGGAUAUUUAUUCUAUGUUGUCAGAAGGAGCUGCGAUAGCUCAGACGGUUAGAGAGUCAGCCACAUAGUCUCUGGUGAGGGGGGUCGCGAUAGCUCAGACGGUUAGAGAGUUGGCCAUGUAACCUCAAGUGAGGGGGUCGCGAUAGCUCAGACGGUUAGAGAGUUGGCCAUGUAACCUCAAGUGAGGGGGUCGCGAUAGCUCAAACGGUUAGAGAGUCGGCCACGUAACCUCUGGUGAGGGGGUCGUGAUAGCUCAGUCGGUUAGAGAGUCGAGCAUGUAACCUCAAGUGAGGGGGUCGCGAUAGCUCAGACGGUUAGAGAGUCGGCCAUGUAACCUCAAGUGAGGGGGUCACAAUAGCUCAGUCGGUUAGAGAGUCGGCCACGUAACCUUAGGUGAAGGGGUCGUGAUAGCUCAGUCGAUUAGUGAGUCCGCCACGAAACCUCUGGUGAGGGGGGUCGUGAUAGCUCAGUCAAUUAGAGAGUCCGCCACGUAACCUCUGGUGAGGGAGGUCGCGAUAGUUCAGUCGAUUAGAGUGUCGGCCACGUAACCUCAGGUGAGGGGGUCGUGAUAGCUCAGGCGAUUAGAGUGUCGGCCACGUAACCUCAGGUGAGGGGGGUCAUGAUAGCUCAGUCGAUUAGAGUGUCGGCCACGUAACCUCAGGUGAGGGGGUCGUGAUAGCUCAGGCGAUUAGAGUGUCGGCCACGUAACCUCAGGUGAGGGGGGUCAUGAUAGCUCAGUCGAUUAGAGUGUCGGCCACGUAACCUUAGUUGAAGAUCCAAGGUGCAUGGUUUGAUGCUGAACCUACGAGUAUCAGCAUGUGUUUCUUAGGAAACUGAGAAAUGUAUUAGUCUGUGCUGUCACAGUUGUGUCCUUAGGCAAGACAUUUUACCCUUAUUGCUCUGAUGGCAUGCGACAAGCAUCCAGUUGUUGUCUCUUCAGGAAUCUUUCCUAAAUGUGUUCAGUAUUUUGUCAUUGUUGACUGAUAUUGACUAUACAGUCGUUAAUUAUACUCCUAAAACGUAGGGUAAAUGUUACUAUCGUGUGUCCAUAUGUCUGUUCAUCUCUGAUGAUUGUCUCUUAAUUAUCAUAAUUUCUUGUACUUUAUGCGGGUCAACCAAACUUCAUGUGCAUCUACUUCUAUGAGGGGCCGCGGUGGCCAAGUGGUUAAGGUGUCCUGACACUUUAUCACUAGCCCUCCACCUCUGGGUUGCGAGUUCGAACCUACGUGGGGCAGUUGCCAGGUACUGAUGGUAGGCCGGUGGUUUUUCUCCGGGUACUCCGGCUUUCCUCCACCUCCAAAACCUGGCACGUCCUUAAAUGACCCCGACUGUUAAUAGGACGUUCAACCAAAUAUACCAAACCAAACCAAAUACUUCUGAGUGUGGAAAAACAGAGGAAUGUUGCGGAAGUAGGGUGUAUCUUAGUUCUGAUGUAUCAUUGUGUAACAGUGAUACACCUGUAUACAUAAGUGUAUAAUAGAACCAACAUCUUAUUGUCUUGAUCCAGUAUCUAUAUUGGACCAUAACAUCGCUAUUAAUUACUAGACCCCAAGUAUUUGUAUAUAUUUAUAUUAUACGUAAA